AUGGUGCGUGAACAGUUGGAUAACGAGUUCGGUCCUAAAAAGAUGACCAAGAAGAGCAUUCAGGCAUCCUGUCGAAAGAACAAACUCUACCUUACACCCCAUCUGAAUGAUGUUCUCUAUCUGCACUACUCGGGAUACAACGCCAUCGAAUGCCUGGACGAGUACGUUGGACUGAAGUGUCUGUGGCUGGAGUGCAACGCCAUUUCCAGCAUAUCCGGCCUGGAGCAUCAGCCCCAAUUGCGUUGUCUCUAUUUACACAACAACCUCAUCAAGCGCAUCGAAAACCUGGAGCACUGCAAACAGCUCGACACGCUCAACUUAUCCCACAAUCACAUCACAAAGAUUGAAAACUGCGGCAUCGAUGUGCUGCCCAUUUUAAACACACUCAACCUAUCGCACAACUAUCUGAAGACGGUCGACAGUGUGGCGGAGCUGCGCAAAUGCGAUUUUGUGUCCGUGCUGGACAUUUCGCAUAACCGUAUCGAAGACAUCGCUGUCGUGAAGAUUCUGGGCGAUAUGAAGGGUUUACGCGUGCUGACCCUGACAGGAAAUCCGGUAGUGAACGAAAUUCCAGCAUAUCGGAAAACACUUAUUCUGGAAUGCAAAUCACUCACAUACCUCGAUACGCGUCCGGUGUUCGAGAAGGAUCGUGCAUGUGCCGAAGCAUGGAAACGAGGAGGCUAUGAGGAAGAACGAAAGGAACAUUUGCGCUGGAAGCGAGAGGAACAGCGUAAAAUGCGGCGCAGCAUUAACGCAACACUUCGGCUUCGGCACCGAGGAGAUGGUGAACCGGAAUUGUUGAAGACCAGCAGCGAUGAGGAUCCUGGCGUUGACUCGGAGGAUGGCCAGUCCCGCGAAGAGCAGCAAUUCAACGAAAGCACCGAAUGUGAAUCGAACGAGGUUGCUUGGAAGGAAAUGGAGCAGCUUUUUAGUCAGCAUUUGGAAGGACCCACAACGCAGAUUAAUCCCAUUAAAGCAGAGACCGUCUCAGUGCCAGGGAAUCCAGUCCAACUUGUAGAGAGUGUCCAGAAUCAGGACGAAAAACUCACCGAAACUUCGAACAAUGAUCACCACAGUAUAGAGUCUGCGGAUUGUGCUAACGCAUUAGAGACCGGCAUUGCAGAAGGUCUGCAACCCUUACCGAAACCACUGGCUAAGGAAAAAGAGGAAAAGAUUGCUUCAGCAGAAGCGGACGACACCCUGAACGUCACGAUUCAAUCUAGAGAAAUUUCCAUCACGAUGCAACCCUCUUGCAUCGAGUCGAACGCUCCACCAGCACAACCAUGCACGUCGAUCGCACUGGAGGAGACUCCACCACGCAAGGAUUCCAACGUGUCCGCCGACAACGUCACUGGUUCGGAUUCCAAUUCCGACCCAACGCUCGUUACCGACUUUGACCGUUCGGUGCGCAACAGUCUCACCUACACGUCCGGUUCCGACACCUCCGACAGCGAGGACAUGUACGAUAAAAUAGUCCCAAAGAAGCACCGCAAACUGGCCACAACACUUCGAAGUGAGGCAAUGGUCUGUACAAGCAGUACCAGUAGCAGCAGCUCGGAAUGUGAGCACGCUCAUGAUGAAGGACCGAGCAGAAAGACGCUGGGUGAAGAUGAUCGUCAAGGAACGAUCACGGAGUUCAUCGAUGAGUAUAAACGCUUCUUCCACUCGGUGGACGUGCGUGAUCCGAGGUGUGUGCUGAAGAACCGCCACAAGCUGGUACGUCCCCAGACGGCCAAAUCGCAGCGCACCGAACCGAUCGUCUACGAGGGUGUGCUGAAGACGAUCGAGCAGCAAUCGAAUGAGACGAAAAUAGAGCAAGCUCGCCAGGAGCACGCUGAGCGUAGCAGUCUGGCCAGGGAGGCGGUACUCGACCGUCUGUUGAAGGGUCACGCCGAGGUGGACAUGGAUCUGGAGCAGCAACCGAUAUCGAUCGGUGGCAAGGAGCACAACUUCCGCGACUAUCGCCUCGAAGUGUUCCGGAAGGAUCAGGAGAAGCUGCAGACGCUGAUCGAUCGCGUGACGGCACAGAAGGAGAAAUACAAUGCGCACAUCGACAGCAUCCAGGAUCAGCUGACGAACAUUAUGGACGAUUAUGGACAGAUCAGCGAGAAGCUGAAGCGAGUGGACGAUAUGAUACAAACGAUCGGUGAGGAGAUCACCGGUGAUGACGAGCAGCAUCGCCCGUCCGUAGAAUGUCAGGCCCGCUCCAUUGUGGAGCAAAUUGUGGAGAAUCUGACCACCACCCUCGAGCAACGAGCAGAAGAAGGUGGUCAGAGUGCUGAGGGCCUAGCUCCGGAUCCACCAACCAAAGUAUCAUCGGAUCGGGAAUCGAACGCUUCCUCGUCGGGCCAGGAUGCGGAGCGCGAUGAAUUCGUUCACUACCAAGACACUCCCGGUACUACCGGCCAGCAACACCACCGUCAUCGGUCACUACCGGUCGAGUUUAACCGUGAUCCGGUGUACCGCAAAUUCAUCGACAUCCAGUUCGAGAUCGAUAAGCUGACGGAGGACGAGCUGUUCUUUGCCCUCUCGGACGCCGCCCGGGAGCUGAAAGACGAGGAGGAGCAGGCUAAGAUGCUACACGAUGCGGUCGAUGAGUACUGGAGCCGGUACGACGAUGUGGACGCCUUCCGCCAGUGUCUCAACCUGAACGCACAUCCGAUCAUCCAGCGUUUCCGGCGCUUCAUCGAACAUUGCGCAGAGCAUGAUCAGCAUGUGCGUAAGCUGGAGCAGGCAUACCAGCGGUACGAGCGGCGCUUGUCGAACCAUCUGUUCGAUGAGUAUCUUAUCAUGAGCCGCAAGGUGAGCAUUGCGACGAGUGCAACCACGGGCGGCGAAUCGAGUGCCACUGAGCUGGAGCUGAUCGAAAUCGAACCAUCGGAGGACAGCUCGGGAAAGAUCGGAAUAAUGGCGGGACUGCGUGCCAGUGCCUGGGAGACGUACGAGGACCCCGCGAAGUGGCCAAUGCAACUCGAAGAAGAUGAAGAGCUACAGCAAGCGUUGGCCGCAGCGUUUCCACGUGACAAGCAGGAGCAGGAGGAAACUCUCGAGGAACUGGAGGAUGAAGAGUCUAAGCCCGAGCAGCAGCAGCAGAUCGAUAACCAGACCACGAUAACCGAACAAAACCAUGAUUAG